CCUCCUCUUCAGACUCCUCCUGUUCCUCGUGCUCCUGCUCCUCGUCCUCCUUCUCGUCCUUCUCCUUCUCCUCCUCCUCCGCGCCUCCCCCCCCUUAGCAUAUCUGCCGCGGUCCGCGCCUGCGCGUGCGACGAUGCCGUGAGGCGCUCGCCUGCGGACCAGCCGCGGGGCGCCGCCGGAGCGCCUGCUGCCGGCGCCAUGCAGGGCCAGACGGCGCCGAAGCUCGCCGACACUAUCCGUGACAAGGUCAAUGCGAAGAUGGCGGGCUUCGCGGGGAAGGCGACGAAGAAGGGCGUCGUCACCGCGGGGGCGAAGGUGGGUGCGAAGCUGGGCCACGCCGAGGCCGGGUCCACGGCGGGGGGCAUCGUCGGCGUCGCCGUGGCGGGGGCGAUCUCGAAGGCGCCGAAGGAGGUCGUCAAGGCCACCGCGGGCGCCGUGACCGGCACGACGAUCAAGAAGGGCACCGAGUACGCCGUCACGUACGCGGCGAGGGAGGCGGCGGAGGCCGCCGCCGGGAAGGCGGCGACGACGGCGGCCAUCAAGGUGUCCGCCUCCAAGGGCGCCGCCUUCGCGGCCUCGUCCACCGCGGGCGGCGUCGCUGCCAUGGCGGGGGAGUUCGUCGGCGGGACCGUGGGUGAGAGGGCGAUGAAGCACGCUGCCACCAAGAGCAAGUACAGCCAGGCGAAGGUCGACGAGGCUGCCAUGCUCGGCAAGGAGUUCGGCUCGCUGGCGGGCGCCACCACCGCGGGUGCUGGGGCUGGAGGCCUGGUCGGUGGCCUGCCCGGCGCGAUGGCGGGCGCCGGCAUAGGCGCCGCCUCCUACGGCAUCGGCAAGGCGACGGCGUUCGCGGUAGACAAGGCCUCCGAGUGGGAGGGCGUCGUGCUGGUGAAGCCAACCCUGUCGAUGCCUAACGGCGGUGACUGCGAGAAGGAGCAGGCGGGGGCGUGCAUCGUCACCGAAGAAGGCAUCGGCAAGUGCAAGGUGUACUUCUUCCGAACCACGGAGGGCGCGCAGAAGGCGUUCAAAAAGAAGUGGUGCUCACGCAUCAUGUUCGAGAUGCAGGACGGCCGCCUGGCCGCCGAGGUGAAGAGGGGCGGGUGGCCCUGGAACCAGGCGUGCAUCUUGGACGCCGCCAGGCGGCUGCGCGAGCCGCUGCCACCCGCGUACCCGACCGACGCGGGCACGCAGCUGACGGUGUCCCAGGCGGAGCUGCUCGCCGGGGGGGGCACCAAGCUGGACCUCCUCGUGGCGGCGGGGCCCCUUGAGUACCCCUGUGCCCUCCCAGUGGGCCGGCGGAUGGAACCCGAAGACAUCAGGCAGUUCGGCCAGUCCAUGAAGUCGAUGCCCGAGAAGGUCGACGAGGCCAUCCUGUCCGUCGGGGGACAGUUCGGCAAGGACGCGGUGCUCGCCGAGCAGCAGGCGUUCCGUGCCAGGGAGGCGGCCGAGAAGGCCAUCCAGGAGGACGCCUACCGGGACAUCUCGGAACGCCAGCUGGACGCCCUCACACGCCACGCGGAGUCCGCGAGCCAGAAGGAGGAGAGGGAGCAGAAGCUGCUCGAGAAGGUGGUCGACUCCAUGGAGAAGGAGGCCGACACGGAGAGCAAGGCCGUGGAGGACCUCGAGAGACAGACGGAGAAGUUGCAGAGCAAGGAGGUGAGGUGGCAGAAGGGCCAGGAGGUCGAGGAGCUGCGCGGCGCGGACGGGCAGUGGGUCGAGGACCCGGCCUUCAAGAACGAGGAGCUGCGCGAGCGCAGCCAGGACGCGGACUUCGCCCGCGAGGAGAGCCAGGCGGCCAGGGCGCUGGUGAUGGCGCGCAAGCAGCUGGACAGCGCCAGGGCCAGCGAGAAGAUGGAGCUGCACCGCCGCCAGGCCCUGCAGCACGAGCUGCGCGCCCGCCUCGCGCCGCAGGCCGACGCCCUGCGCCGCGAGGCGGCCACGGGCGGCACCCUCUCCGAGGAGGGUGUGCGACGGGCCCUCGACGUCUCCAAGAGGGAGCUCGACAAGAUCACCAGCACCUUCGCCAGCUGGAGCAGCGACAGCGUGAGCGGCCUGUGGAUCGAGGGACGCCUGGAGGAGUCGCGCGCGAAGGCCGCCAUCGCCUCGGCCAGGAUGCUCGACGAGAUCAAGCACAAGGUGGAGACCUUCAAGGCGCAGAGCAAGGGCUACGACGACCACCAAUUCAUUGCGCGGCUGGCCCAGCUCCUCAACGAGACGAGGGCGGAGGUCACUGGCGUCGAGAACUUCGACGACGUGCUCAUGGCCAAGCUUCGGCACUGGGACGAGGGGAACAGCGAGACGCUCACCUACAACCUAGCCGUGGCCCUCCAAGGAGUGACGCGCAGUGCCGAGUUCAAGAGCCACCUUCUGCAGAUGGACACUGCGCGCCUGGGGCACGCGAGCGCAAGCGAGGCGUGCGGUCUGCUCGGCCAGAUGGUCAAGGCCAACCUGCAGCCGGUGUACAAUUCUAUCGAGUCCCAGAGGGAGGCGCUCGACGGCCUCAGCAAGAUUGCGCCGAGCAUCACCAUGUCCAUGCCGGACUACAUCCAGACCACGAUGAUGAACCGCACCGGCUCUGUCCUGAACAUGGCCUACGUGGAGCACCUGGCCCUCCAGGAGGCCGCGACCGCCAUCACGAAGGACGCCGCGCCGCUGGUCAUGGACCGCCUCAAGUGCACCAUGAGCGGCGCCUUCGGCCAGAG